ACAGACUGUAAACACAUGUGCAGGCUUGUGUAGCGGCGGCACUAUUUAUGUUCGUGUUUUUAUGAAGAUUGAAAGAUACCGUUAACACAAAGAAAGGUUUUCAUGUGUGACAUCAUACAGCAGAUUGACUGGUAUAGUUCACGGUGGUGCGGAGAGAUUAGUCUACAAAGCCGGGUGAUAUACACACAGCAAAGUUCCGAUUGUGUGAGGCAAGAAAUAACGAGGCUCCAGAGAAGCUGCAAUCUUGAAGGCCAGGGUAAGGUGAGCUACUGAGCAGAAAGCCAUGGGGCUUUUUGACAAGCUUGCUGGGUGGCUGGGCAUAAAGAAGAAAGAGGUUCAUGUGCUGUGCCUUGGUCUGGACAACAGUGGAAAAACUACCAUCAUUAAUAAAUUAAAACCUUCAAAUGCUCAAACACAAGACAUAGUUCCAACCAUUGGCUUCAGUAUUGAGAAGUUUAAGACUUCCAGCUUAUCGUUCACAGUGUUUGAUAUGUCUGGUCAAGGAAGAUACAGAAACCUCUGGGAGCAUUAUUAUAAGGAAGGCCAGGCUAUAAUAUUUGUUAUUGACAGCAGUGACACGUUAAGAAUGGUUGUUGCCAAAGAAGAACUUGAUACCCUCCUAAAUCAUCCAGAUAUUAAACGCCGACGGAUGCCUAUUUUGUUUUUUGCAAACAAGAUGGACCUCAGAGAUGCUUUGUCUUCGGUGAAGGUUUCUCAAUUGCUAUGUCUUGAGAACAUCAAAGAUAAACCCUGGCAUAUCUGUGCCAGUGAUGCUCUAAAAGGGGAAGGUCUUCAAGAAGGUGUAGACUGGCUUCAGGAUCAGAUCAGAAUGAUGAAGACGUGAAAGGCCAGUAGGAGCAUGCCACACAAGAAUGUGAUGAAGCUGAGCCCACCCCCAUUAAUAUCAAGCUGUUUACUUUUAAAUUGGAGCAUAUACUUAAUGAGUAAAUGGAAACCGGGAUCUAAGCCACCUGUAGAGACAAAUAACAUCUGACAACACUUCUUCAUAAUACUGUCUGCAACUUUUAAUUAAAUCUGAGACCAGUCCAUCCACUUGUAAAGUGCAAUAUUCUCUUUAGAGAUGUGGCCAGCAGGAGCUCUUUAAAUUAGAACGGAGAAGCAGGGAUAUGUAUUGCUUACUUUUCUGAACAGGUAUUAUUUGGCUAUUCACAGCUUGAUAGUUUCCUGAUCCGUAAGAGCAUCUUUCACUUAUGUCAACUGGAAAACAUACAAUAAUCCAGUAUCAAUGUCAUCAAAUAACUCUUCACCUGUAUUCGCUGCUCUACUGUUAGUAUGUCAAGAAAACUAAGUUAUUUACAUUGUGUAAGAACAUGUUUGUGUUCUUAAUAAUGGAGUAUUGUAAUUUAUAUAUGAGCCUAGUGCAUUUUUAAAGCAGCUCAGUAAAUUGGAUGGUGACAGGAUUGCUAGAAUACUUUACACAAUUCAUGUAUUUACUGACACUAUUUUGCAAAAUACUCUUCUUUACAGUAGGGCAAAAUAAAUAAUUCUAAUAUAUGUGUAUAUUGUGCAUAAGAAUUACUAUUUUUUUUUAACUGUUUUUUUUUUUUUUUUGUUCUCUAGACUUUCUGUUCUUUUGGUGUCUUUUGGUUGAACUUUUCCUGCCUAUUAAAGCCAAACAGACUGAAAUAUCACUGAAGUAAUCUUAAAUGUAAACAUAAAAAAACAUGUUAUUACCUGACCAACAACUUCGGAAAACAGUUAGUAUUAAAAUUCAAAAAGUAAAUGAUGAAACUAAACGACAGAUGGCUCAUUAUCUAAUUAACUGGAACGACUACGCCAGGUGAAUCCUGUUGGAUCAGAAACAAUUGCUCCACUCAGGUAGACUUGUGAUAUUCUUCCAUGGGAAAACAUAUGGAGUUUAAG